AUGGAGAAUAGCACAGAAGUCACAGAGUUUAUCCUCCUGGGAUUAACAGAUGACCCCAAUCUUCAGAUACCCCUCCUCCUGGCAUUUUUAUUCAUCUACCUCAUCACGCUGGUUGGCAAUGGGGGAAUGAUGGUGAUCAUCCACUCAGACUCCCAUCUCCACACUCCAAUGUACUUCUUCCUCAGUAACCUCUCCUUUGUAGACUUGGGUUACUCAUCAGCUGUAGCCCCCAAAACAAUGGAUGCAUUGCAGUCAGGGGACAAGGUCAUCUCCUACAAUGGAUGUGCAGCUCAGUUCUUCUUCUUCGUGGGGUUUGCCACUGUUGAGUGCUACCUCCUGGCCUCUAUGGCCUAUGACCGCCAUGCAGCAGUAUGUAGGCCCCUUCAUUACACCACCACCAUGACAGCAGGUGUGUGUGCCCUCCUUGCUAUUGGUUCCUAUGUCUCUGGCUUCCUCAAUGCCUCUAUCCAUACAGCAGGCACCUUCAGACUCUCCUUCUGUGGUUCUAAUGAGAUUAAUCAUUUCUUCUGUGACAUUCCCCCACUCCUGUCUCUCUCAUGCUCCAACACACGCAUCAGCAAGUUGGUGGUCUUCUUCGUGGUGGGCUUCAACGUCUUCUUCACCCUCCUAGUCAUCCUCAUUUCUUACUUCUUCAUAUGCGUCACCAUUCAAAGGAUGCGUUCUGCUGAAGGGCAGAAGAAAGCCUUCUCCACCUGUGCUUCCCACCUCACUGCUGUGUCCAUCUUCUAUGGUACAAUAAUCUUCAUGUACUUACAGCCCAACUCCAGCCAGUCCAUGAACACAGACAAAAUAGCCUCUGUGUUUUACACAGUGGUGAUUCCCAUGCUGAAUCCCUUGAUCUAUAGCCUUAGGAACAAAAAAGUGAAAAGUGCUCUCUGGAAAAUACUCAACAAACUUUACCCCCAAUAUUAAGUGUGAGUGGGAUGUAGGCAAGCAAUUAAGGGAUAAACUUUCUCUCACUCCUAAAUGCCAUCAUGACUUUUAAGAUUUGGCUGGUUUCAGUUCUUUCUUCCCCAAGAACAGUGGUUACUUCUGCUAUCAGGAGAUGUAAAAAGCAGCACAUUGAAAAGUCUUACAAAGAUAAUCUUGUAUUUAGUGAACAGCAACAUGAGACAGUAAAGCUUUUCUUGAUUUAGUUUUUUCAUGUGGUUCAAAGCAGAAGGUGGAAGCAUACAACUGAAUGUGCUGAAUUUUCCUAACCAUAUUUUUAACUGUAAGAAUUUUUCAUUCACUAUUAAACUUGGUGGAGAUCCCACUUUCAUUUAUAAUAUUUAUCA